AGGUACAGUACUGCAGGUAGCUCACUAGUAAACAAACAGCUGGAAGGAAAAACAGUGACUGGGCCUGCAGAAGACUUUCCUUUUACCUGAUAUCCGCCUAACAACAAUCCACUUCACAUCUCUCUGGAUCACACGGCUUUAGCAGGUUCAGAGUCUACCGGAAUAUACCAACUCCCUGUGUUUUGAGUGAAAGCCUUUGUUUGGAAAUAGCCACUCAUUGUAGAGUUACCGUACCUACACUGGUAGGCUGGUCGCAGUCAUAUUGGAGCUGUGUAGUUAAUUGUUUACAGAGAAGCCUUCAGGCCUGGAACACGGCAGGAUGAGGAGACUGAACCGGGUUAGUGCCUCUGGCCGUUACAACCCUGCCAUGGAGAUGGAGAUGACUGAUGGAAUUGUCAACCAGUCUGAACAGCAGCCAGUUGUUGGAAGUGCGAACGCAAAGACAUCUGUGUCCAGUGCUGCGAAGGCAGCAGCCCAGUGGGCGUCAUACACCUGCAGCCGCUGGAAACGAGUCUGCCGUCAGUGUGUGAAGAGAAAACCCACAGGGGAAUUCUUUGAGACCAUGUACAAAGGCCUGGCCUUGGAUGAAGAUGUCAUAGAUGGAGGAGACAAAAGCUUCCACCUCAAUAAAAGACUGCUAGACCAUUUCAGAGAUCUGGCUUCCUGCAAUCAGGACACUGAUGAGGUGGACCUUCAGUACCUGAGUGAUGUAAUCGCAGAUGGAGCCGACCCCAACUCAACAGACCGAUACGGACAAACUGUCUUGCAUGAGAUCUCGAGGGCGUGGAACGUGGACGUGAUGCGUUUCUUCCUGGACAGGGGGGCUGAUGUUCUGCGUCCUGACUCCUACGGGGUCACGCCCCUGCACGUUGCUGCAGCUCUGGACUACGAGGAGAUGAUCCACUUCUUGUUGGAGAGGAAAGCCGACAUUGGUGCUCAGACCAACAUGGAUCAUCAGACACCUCUGCACUACGCUGCUAAGAAUGACGCGGUAGGGGCAGUCAAGGUGCUGCUGCAGUAUGGGGCAGACAUCUCCGCACGAGACUACAAAAGGAGAACCCCUCUACAACUAGCUGCCAACCUAGACAGGAGUGAGGCUGCACGGACACUAAUGGAACUAGGGGCUGAUGCUGGGGUAAAGGACUCUGAUGGUCAGCUUUGCAUCACCGCCAUGAUUGAUAAGAUGACCUCAGUGGCUCAUUUGGCUCUGAACCAGUUCCAUGUGACUGACCGGAUGACCAGGCAGCAGUUCUACUACCUUCACCUGCUGGAGCCAGAGCCACCCUGCAAGCAGAAUCCACCAGGACAGGGCUCACAAGAGGGUGUUGCCAGUGAGCCUACAUCACCAUUGGAGUUCAUAGUACACCAGGGGAAGUUGGAUCUCAUCAUGCACCCUGUGGUUCUGAAGCUCAUCACUGUCAAGUGGAAACUAUAUGGCAGGUUGGGGGCUUGGAUACUCCUACUCCUUAACUUCCUGUUUAUAGUCUCCUGGACGACCGUGGCCAUCUCUGUGUCUGUCAUCCGAACCGAGGAGCCUUAUGUUUUCCCUGAGGACUGGUGGCGUGUGUUUGGGGUGGUGGUGGCUCUGGGGCUAACAGUGGUGGAGGUGGGCCGGGAAGUGGCAGAGAUGAUAGGCUCCAGCAGGAAGCUAAGGAGCUGGCAGAGAUGGUGUGAGCAUCGCACCAAUGAUGACCUGCGCUGCACACACCCAAUGUGGCCCGAGGAAAAGCAUUUCUUGGAAGAGCAAAUCAAGUUGAUCCACCGUAUGAAGGGAAACUACUUACAAGACCCCUGGAACAUCUUUGAUUGGCUGGUGUACAUACUGCUGAUGGCUGUGUUCGGGAUCCAUGUGGCAGACAUCUUCUUGCUGGGAGGAACACUGCGGGACUACAGCCUGCGCCUCUUCGCUGUGGUCAUCAUCUUCCUCUGGCUCCGGCUGAUGAAACACGUCCGAGCCUUCAGGGUUAUGGGUCCUUUCAUUGUCAUGCUGGGGAAGAUUGUGGGGGAUGUGCUACGUUUCCUCUUCCUAUAUGCAGAGAUCUUUAUCCCUUACGCGUGUGCCUUCUGGAUUAUAUUUGGAGGUCAGGCGUCAAUACCCAGUAUGCGGACUGUACCCCAGCUGCUCUACAGCCUGUACCGCAUCACUCUGGUGGACGAGUAUGAGUUUAACGCCAUGGUGGAAGUGGACUCGAUCAUGGCCCACUUCCUCUGUGGUACCUUUCUGGCUCUGUCCUCCAUUCUGUGUGUCAACCUGAUGAUUGCCCUUCUCUCGGACACCUUCCAAAGGGUGUAUGACAAUGCACUGGCCAAUGCAGUAAUGCAGCAAGCAGCCAUUAUCCUGCAGGUGGAGGAAUCCAUGCCCCGUCUCUGCCGUUUCUAUGACGACCAGCACAUCCACCGCUUCUGUGCCCCUCUUGGGGAGUUAUACGACGAUGACAUCAGAACUGACUCAAAGCGGCACGCUGAGCUGAAGACGAUCACCACUCAGAUCAAGGAGACCCUAGAUGAGUUCCUGGAGAUCCAAAAAGAAGUGAAUCCCCCCGAACAAGGACGACCUGAUGAGAGUGACAGGGCCUCAGGGGAGAGGUGCUUCUCAUUCCCUGUGCAGGGGGAACACCUGCAGACUCUGCAGAGGCUCCAGGUGGACCAGACCCAGCAGAGCCAGGACCUCAGUGCCCUGAGGGCAGACAUGAAGAACCUGCAGGCCCUGAUCCACCAACUGAUCCAGUCCCAGACCAGCUCAUGUGUGGGCUGUGGUGUGACUGUAAAGGCAGCAGAAAGCACUGGGUCAGAGCCCGUCGAAGCGCCACCAUACAGGGCCUCAACAGGUUGACUCCUUGAUGCUGAAGAUGCUUGUAACCACAGAGACUGCACAAGCAACACAAGAUCCAGGACUAAACAACAAGGAUGAAACCUUCUAACUAGCAUCUAUCUCCUUAUCAGUUUUUAGGUUAUUCAGAUAAUUUAUGGUAUCUUAUGGUAUGACUACAAUACAUGCAGUAUAUGUUUGCUAAUCUAAUAGAUGCGGUAAAGAGGUCAAAUGGAAGCAUAUUGUGGAGGAUAGGAGGAGGACGCCGGAUUGGCGCAUAUUCAACGAAUCGGAUAUUCUUCAAAUCUGUCAAAUCCGGUUCCGGUGGCAUGCAUUGAAAUGCGUUGCUUUUCUUUUGCAAAAUAAAUAUUUUCAAAUAAUUGUUAACAUAUAACAUCACAUUAAGGUGUGGGACAUUUACUGUAUUACAAGGAACAAUAGCAGCAAACAAAGCCUUUUUUUGGCGACUUUUUCUAAUCAUAGUCACACAUAGUCACACCUCAUGGAGCCUAUCCCAUACGCCUAUAUGUUUUGAUAAGGUUUGUUUCACAACUAAAGUGGCCAAAUAAAUUCUUAAUAUUAAGAUCAUUAAUCCACUUUACAAGGGGGGUAGAGCCUAACUGGCAUACAUUAGCAGUGAGUGUGUUUCAUAAAUGCACCUUUAUCAUAUAAAAGCAGUACAUGCAUAAUCACAUUUGCGGUCACUUUUGAUAAUGGUGUUUUCCCGCUAAUGGAACAUUCACGCUUAUAGCCUACUGCUAUGUGCGCAUUGCUGUACUUAUAAUGUGAAGAAAUAGACUAAUAGUUUGUCAACAUUCAAAGCUAAACGUUCUGAUCUGUGUCAUCAGCCACAUUGCGUAAAAA